AUGGAAGAUUUUCAUGAACGCAGUCGUUUCGACGACAACCGAAUCGCUUACAAUGGAAACGAAGAAUUUGAACAACCACCAGAGCAACAAUAUGAAGAAUUUGAACAACCAUCAGAGCAACAAUUUGAUUCGGGCCGUGGUUUUGAAACGAACCAUAACGUAGAUAGUGAAGGCAAUGAGUUUAGGGAUUCAUUCAAUCAUCGUGAUUCGGCUGCGGGAAAACUAUUUGUAGGAGGCGUUUCUUGGGAGACGACUGAAGAGGCCUUUACCAAUUACUUCAGCAAGUAUGGAGAAAUAGCAGAUUCUGUUAUAAUGAUUGAUAAACAUUCUGGGAGGCCAAGGGGGUUUGGGUUUGUAACAUUUGCUGAUCCAGGGGUUGUUGAUUCGGUUUUGGAGGAAGAACAUGUCAUAGAUGGCAGAGUGGUGGAGGUGAAGAGGACAGUCCCGAGGGAGGAUAUGGGGUUUAAGGGGAUAUCGAAAAGAAAGAAGAUUUUUGUUGGUGGAAUACCAACGUCUUUGACUGAUGAUGAGUUGGGGGAAUAUUUCUCUACAUAUGGUAGCAUUGUUGAGCACCAGAUUAUGGUAGAUCAUAAAACUGGGAGGUCUAGAGGAUUUGGGUUUGUCACUUUUGAGAAUGAAGAUGCUCUUGACAAGGUAUUUUCUGAGGGCAAGAUACAUGAACUUGGAGGCAAACAGGUGGAAAUAAAAAAGGCUGAACCUAAAAGGGGUGGUGGUGAUUUCAGUGGCAGUGCUCCCAAGUCAUAUGGUGGCUCAGGUGGUGCUGCAGCUGGAUAUGGUGCAUAUAAUUCUGCAAGUCGGUACAAUGGAAAAAUGGGCAGGGGCUAUGGUGGGGGUGGGUAUCCCCCCUAUGGUACUUACAACAACUAUGGUGGAAACUAUGCUGGAAGCUAUGCGGGUUUCUACGGUGGCUAUGGUGGAUAUGGAUAUGGAUUUGGGUAUGGUGGACCCAUGUACGGCAAUGCUGGAUAUGCAGCCAGUGGAUAUGGCAUGCCUGCUGGUUAUGGUGGGAAUACUGCCUAUGGUGGUGGUAGAGGGUAUGGAAAUGGUGCUGUUGGCCGUGGUGGUGGUAGCGGUGGUGGAAGUUAUGGUUCUGGUAGAGGAUAUGAUCGGAAUGGUGGUUCUACGACCGGAAGAUAUCAUCCUUAUCAAAAGUGA